CAUGCUCACGCGGGUCACACGCGUCGCGGUACCCGAGUAGCAACACGGCCGGGCCGGCAGUCCGGCACACACCGACACCGACCGUCGCCUUCGCCGUUACCUCCGCCGCCGUUAUCCGUGCCCGUCUAUUAUUGUAGUGGUGUUGUCGAGGAGUGCCGACGACGAUUCCGCGUCCGCGUCGUCAGCUGUGUUUGUCUGCCGCGGCUGUCGACCCUCGCCGACGGUAUUAUUAUUACGACAAUAAUUUCUAUAGCCAUCGUCGUACACAUGAUAUUAUUGCCUGGUAAACGUAUUAUUACACUAUAGAAGUGUCGCCCGCUCGUCUUCGGUUCGUCUCGAAUUCUAGUGGUCUGCGGUUAUUCAACACCUAUUAUAUUAGUUAAUAAACGGUCGUGUGAGCACAAAGUGAGUUUUCGUAUUUACCGCAGCGGCCGAGUUUUGAAUUCUCGUUCACUGAUCGGAUCGACGACAACGAUAUUAUCAUCUUGUAAACCUGUACGCGCUUUUGAAUACCUAACUGUCAUUGCCGGCCGGAAAACCGCGGGAUUCACGUAGUGUCUACCGCACUUUGUUGGUCCAGAAUUACUCACAUCGCCCCGUCCCCGCGUGCCCGGUGCUAACCGCCGACGGCACGAAUAAUCGAAGCUUUAAGGACGUCGGCAUGCGCCCAGUGAACCGAACAGAAAAUCUGGAUUGGAUAUGAUGAUGGAAAAAAAUAAAAAUAUAUUUAUAUAUAUUGGGUUCUUUACUUGGCUAAGUAAACAUAGGCUUUUCGCAAACUUAUUAGUGUAAGAGUGAAAUUUGCUGAUUGUGUCAUUAACUCUUGAACUUGAAAUACAAUUUACAAAAUAUCUCAGCAAUCAUAUAAUGACGCCAGAAAUUCAACUGAAAAUAAUGUGGUCUGAUAAUUUUUUUAUUUGAUUUCAAGGAUUUCCAAACAAAAACUGUUAUAUUUAAUAUAUAUAUACAUAUAUAUAUGUAUUUAUAAUGUUCAAUUAAAUCUAUUUUUUUUAAUUUCCAGGAAGCAGAAGCUUUUAUUUUUGUGAUUAAAAUUUCAUAUUGGUUUCGACUUCCAUGGUGGUGGUGGGAAUUUGAUGUUUUCAGUUUGUUUCUACUUUCAAUUAUCUAUGUUUCAUCUCUUUUAAUUAAUCUUCUUUUUUUUAAAGAUGGUUAUAACUUACACAUUUACUUGUAGAAAUGAAACUUAGCUGAUAUUAUUCUAAGAGCGGGUACCUAAUGAUGGACGUAAUCUAUGAUGAACAAGGAAAUUUCGAUCAUCAGAUUUUUGUCACCUACAAAUCGCAUAUAACUUAAAUAUGAUUAUUCAAGAUAUCUUUUGCUGAUAAAUUUGAAAAUUAGAUUGGAUUAUGAUAAAGCGUUAAUAUUGCUUUUCAAAUUGAUUUAGUAGCUAAAUAAUAUUUAAUAUUAUCUGUUAUCUACCAUGAGCGUUAAUGUUGGUCUUGAAGACUCUUAUCAAAAUAGUCACAAUGGUGCUUUUCAAUCUUGUAGACCCAUUAAAGCUCUGAUGAUGUAUGUACAACGUAGAAAUUCAAUAAUGGGGACUGAAACAUGUGACAACAAUAUUAGGAUGCCCUCAAAUAGUUGGUCUGAUAGUACAUCGCAAAAUAUACAUCUCAAAUUAACAUGUCAAGAAACAUAUCUUAAGGAUACAACUACAUGGUCAGAUAUGCAAUACGAAGCGGAAGAUACAGUUAGUGAAACAAAAUAUUAUUACCCAAAAAAGAGGUUUUUGGAAAAAGCUGAAAUGGAAGCGGAUCAAAUUGAUACGGCAGAAAGAAAUUUAUCUAUCCGAAAUCAAUCUCCAACUAAUCAUUUAGGAGUAUCUACUAAGUGUUUAAAAGAGACUAUUCUGCAAUGUCGUAAUGCUUUCAAGGAUGAUCCCAAAAAGCCUAAUACUGAAGCAUCCGAGUUCCUACAGCGUACUUUUGGUGAUGUUACCAAGAAUAAUAAUAUAGACACUGAGGAAAAUAUGAAUCUCUGUGUUCAAACUGCUCAAAAUCAAAAGACUGAACCAUAUUAUCGGUCUGGGUACAAAAAAUUCACUUUAAGACGUAAUGAAGAAGACUCAAAUGACUCAAACGUUAUAGAAACUCCUACAGUGGUUGAACAGUUACCAGUUAACUUAAGUGAACAAAUUGAAGUAAAUGAACCUAGAGGAAGAAUAAAUAGGGCUUGUAAAGGAGUACGUUACCAACAAUUCAUGAACGAUACAUUAUCAAAACGUCAAAAUAAAAAAAUGGGACCAAAAAAGUUAGUAAGCACUGGUGAUACUGUUACAAAACGUCGCAAGGGUAAGAAAAAUAACGUAAAAGAAGAAAAUAAUCAAGCUCCUGACAUAAAUUCAUUACCAAUUCAAUCUCGUCGUGAAACAAGAAAUAGUGCCAAAGUAGCUGCACUACGCAAACUAAAAGAAAACACUGACGAAAUAAUUGAAGAUAAUAAAAGGAAAUUGAUUUCUGAUGAUAUAAUUAAAGAACUAGAUUCUACCUCAAUUAUGGUAGUUCCUAAAAAACGUUUCCGAACAAAUGAAAAUGACAAUAAAUAUGAAACUGCUGAGGAACAAAAAAGACUGCCAUCACCAAUAUCUUCAGAAACUAGUUCCAGUAGAUUGUCAAGUCCAGAAUCCAGCACUAGUAGUACCUCUGCACAUGUUCACUAUAAAAAGCGUGUAUCGCGAACAUUUGCUGAAAGUCAAAGUAAUACAAAUUCAACUUCGUCUGACUCCAAUGUCAACUUACAAACUUUGGCAGAUGUUGCCUUGCGAGGUAUUCCAUUUUGAUUAUCGAUUAACAAUUAUUACCAGAACUAAAAAAUUACAUACCUGAAAGUGGUUCAGUUGAAGAUUGAUAUUCUCACUGGCCAUCAUUUUUAAAUAAAAACACUACCAAUUAUUUGUUAAACAAAUUUUAGAUAAAUUGAUUUGCAAUUAGAAAUUUGUAUGAUUUAAUUCUAUUGUAAUUUGUUGGA